AUGGAAGAUGAAAGCAGUAAUUUGAGAAGACGAGUGGGCAUACGAGAAGACCGUGACGAUGAGCUACGUCUUGAUCCGAAAGAUAGAAUAGGAGAUGCUGGAUGCUACACUACAGAAGGAGAAACUGAAGAUGAUAGCAAGUCCCAUCGAACCGUCAGACGACGUUCGAGAAAAGAACUGGAAAGGAUACAUUUUCAAAUGGUUAACGAUCGUGUUGUGGAGGAUAUAACAUUGGAUAUCUUGUAUAAACCUCAUACACUAACGAUCCUUGCUUGCCUUUGUAUAUUCGUUUGCUACAAAGCAUUUUCCGGAAAUGAUGGAGGUACUGACACCAACGUAUAUGAUGGAUGCAUGGGGACGCUGGUCCUUUUUCUAAUUGUCAGUGCACUGGCUUUCCCUAACGGACCGUUCAUUCGACCACACCCUAUUCUAUGGAGAAUCAUAUUUGGCAUGUCGGUGAUAUAUUUAAUGAUACUCCAGUUUACCUUAUUUCAAACCUAUGCGGACAUCAAGAAGGUUCUUUCAUGGUUAGAUCCUGAUGGUUUGAGUAAGGAGUCGCUCGAAGAGAAGGCGUACGCUGUGAACUGCUCCGAUGUUACUCUGGAACGAGUAUGGAGUCAUAUGGACAUCUUCGCUGUGGGACACUUCCUUGGAUGGGCUAUGAAGGCCUUACUGAUACGACACGGCAUACUGUGCUGGUAUAUCAGCAUUGCAUGGGAACUCACAGAAGUCGUAUUCACACAACUUCUCCCCAAUUUCGAAGAAUGUUGGUGGGAUGCCAUUCUCCUGGACGUGCUACUUUGUAAUGGUCUCGGGAUAUGGUUUGGAUUGAAAGUGUGCAGUUUUUUCCGAAUGCGGCAAUUUCACUGGGAAAGUAUCAAGGACAUAAAAUCACACCGUGGUCGCUUCAAGCGUGCAGUAAUGCAGUUUACUCCAGAAAGUUGGACAGAACUGGACUGGUUUAAUUCAACUGCGCUUAGGAGGACAAUGGCUGUAUAUGUUUUUGUCCUGAUUUGGCUGCUCACCGAGUUAAAUACAUUUUUCUUGAAACACGUCUUUGCUGUGGAUACGAAACAUUUUGUGGUGUUUUGGCGGAUCAUUCUGAUCGCACUCAUUUCUGCACCAUCAAUCAGACAGUUCUAUCUAUACGCCACAGAUCCCCUUGUGAAAAGAAUCGGUAUGCAGUGUUGGGUAUAUUGUGCGGUAGCCGCUCUUGAAGCUGCAAUAUGUGUCAAGUUCGGACGGCACAUGUUCCCGAACUUGCCCGUUUACCGCUUCAUUGCGUGGAUAGCAUUCUUGGUUGUCGGAACAUUCUUCAGCAUAUGGCUGUCUGUAUGGUGGGCGCAAUUCGCAUCGAACACAAAAGAAAUGGACUUCGACGGAGAAAAACGCGUGUGCUACCUUGACUCGUCACACGAAAAUCUUGGAGCAAUUCAUGAUGACGUGCGCCGUCGCCGGCGCGAUCUUGGAAUUUCCGAAUCAGACUUCCAGUAA